AUGGGAAAUAUAACAACAAAAAACGAUAAAGAACCAACAGAAAGAAAAAAAACAAACAAAGAAGUGAUAGAAAGAAAUGACACAAAUAAAGAAGUAAUAGAAAGAAAUGACACAGAUAAAUCAAGAAUGAAAUUAGGAUAUAAUGAAAUAAUGAUAACAUCAAUGUAUUUUAAUGAUAUUAAUGAUUUUAUUAAUUUAGAAUUUGGAAUUAAAAGAUUUCAAGGAAAUAUGGAACGAUUUCAUUUUAAUCCAAUUCCAUUAAAUGAAUAUUCAAGAAAAUUCUUUCAUAAUAUUGAAACAUUUCAUAUUUAUAAUAAAUAUGAUGAAAUAUUUAAAGAUGGAAAAAUAUUUAAAUAUGUAAUAUGGUAUGAAGUAAAUUAUUCAACAUAUUUAAAAGAAAAAGAAAAAGGAAAUAUCUGUAAAAAUAUAGAAUAUACAAAAGAAGAUAGAAAAUCAUAUGGAAAUACAAUACCACGAGAAGUUACAACACUUGGAGAUGAAUGUUUUAAAUAUUGUUCAACAAUAACAACAAUUAAUAUACCAUCAUCAAUUAGUAAAUUAGGAAAAGAAUGCUUUUUUCAUUGUGCAUUAUUAAAAGAAAUUAAUAUUCCAAAAAGAUUAAAUUUAAUUGAAGAUAGAGUAUUUAGUAAUUGUUUCUCGUUAAAAUCCAUUAAUAUUCCAACCACAAUCAGUAAAUUAGGAAACUACUGUUUUAAUAAAUGUACUUCAUUGACAUCAAUUAAUAUUCCAACAACAACUAGUGAGAUAGGAAAUAGUUGUUUCAGAGAGUCUUCGUCAUUAAAAAGUAUAAUUAUACCAACAACAAUUAAUGAAAUAGGAAAUGAAUGUUUUUAUGGGUGUGCAUCAUUAACAGGAAUUAAUAUACCAACUACAAUGAGGGUAUUACAAAGUGGAUGUUUUUAUGAAUGUACUUCAUUAAAAGAAAUUAAAAUUCCAACAACAAUAAAUGAAAUGAAAUAUGAAUGUUUUAAAGAUUGUUCUUCAUUGACAUCUAUUGAUUUACCAACAACUAUUAAUAAAAUUGAAUAUAGAUGUUUUUAUGGAUGUAUUUCCUUAAAAACAAUAACCAUUCCAACAGCGUUAAGUGAAUUAGGAAAGUCUUGUUUUUAUAAAUGCACAUCAUUAACAAGUAUUAAUAUUAAAGAUGUAAAAUAUAUAUGUCACCAUAAAAUAUUUUUAAAUGAGCCAAUUUUAUUGAGUUUUGAAAUACCACAAAACUUAAAAAAAGUAAAUGGACAAAAUAUAAAAUAUCAAAAUAUAAAUAAAUUUAAUAUCCCAACAACUAUCACUCAAAUUGGUGAUUUUUGUUUCAACAAACUUUCAAAUUUAAAUAAGAUUAAUGUCCCAACAAGUGUUAAAAAAUUAGGCAAAGAAUGCUUCAGUGAAUGCUCGUCAUUGACUUCAGUUACUUUGUCAACUUCAGUAUAUGAAUUAGGAGAUGAUUGUUUCUAUGACUGUAAAGCAUUAAAUCGAAUUGUUAUUCCAACUUCAAUUAGUAAAAUAGGAGAAAGGUGUUUCAAAAGAUGCCGUUGUGAACCAAAACUAAUAGAGCAAGGAGUAAUAAAAAAAGAAGGUAGUGAAGUGAUACUAAUUGAUGAAAAUGAAAUAGAAAUUUUAGAGUGA